GAAGAGAGUGAUAGUACCCCUAAUUUAAUUAAAAAAAAUACAUGAUGUAAAAACAUGUUUGAAAUAUAAACUUUACGUGUUUACAAAGAACAAUGUACAUAGUCUUAGUCUUCGACCCAGCAUGUGUUGUGUUUCGCAGCUGCAUUCAAGCUAGAAAAAGGUCCUGCGAAUUUUAUUAUUAUUUGCUCGUUCAACCAGAAAAAAAUCAUGAGAAAUUCUCAGAGAUCAACUAAAGUAAGGCGGUACAACAAAUCGGAUCUUCCACGUUUGCGGUGGUCGCCUGAGCUUCAUGAACACUUUGCCGCCACAGUUGAAAGCCUUGGUGGAAAAUACAAAGCAACGCCCAAGCGCAUCAUGCAGAUGAUGAAUGUGAAAGGACUGAAGAUUUCUCACAUCAAAAGCCAUCUGCAGAUGUUCAGAAGCACGAAGGGCUGUAAUGAGGAUGAUGUGACGAUGGCGAAGGAGCAAUUGCGAGCAGAAAGACCACAUUUCAGUGAUUAUGGAGCCUUACCCAUCUGCUCCCUACAGUCCCAGAGGCAAUUAGGAAAUGGAUCGUUCAUCAAUUUCGAAUGUGAAAGUGAAAAUACCAAACACGAAUUAGCGUUUUCGGAGGAUUGCAGACAUACACAUGGGAAAAGGAGGAAUGAAGAAGAAAAUGGAAGCUUAAACGAAAUCUGUGAGCUUUCACUAUCCUUCACUCCCAAGGAAAUGGAUCAAGAGCAGGAAGAUGGGCAGAGCCACCUAUCUGAUACUUGUAUAGAUAAAAAUUUUCCACAUUUUCACUCUCCUGGUACCAAUCAUCACUUAAACUUGGACCUUACAAUCUAAUUUUCCUCUCAGGAAUUAUAACUAUUAAUAUAAGGAUCCUCAAUGUAUCUAUUUUUUUUUUU